GGUUAGGAAAUUAAAAAAAAGGGGUUAUGUGCGGGUUGGAUGGGUUUUUUUUUGAAAAAUAAACUUUAGAGUAAAAUGUAAUUUGCGUCCCUGUGGUGUGUCCCAAACAUCAACUUGAGCCCCUAAAUUAAAUUUUUGGUUUUUUGAGCCCCUGAUUUUAUAAAUUCAUAACAGUAUGAGUCCUUCUGUCAAGCUGCCGUUUGUUUGACUGUUUGAGCUAGGGGUAAGACCGUCUUUUUGCUUUAUUUCCCUUCUAAAAACCCCAAAAAUCACUAUUAAGCCCUAAUUUACUCCCGCCAAAACACAUAGACGGUUGAUUGUGCAAGAGAGAAACCCAAAGCGAUGGUGUUCACAUGGCGACUUCGUCCUCAAGGUGAAUACUACGAUCCUGAAGAUAUAUAUGGGGAUGAACCCAGACUAUUUUCUCUAAAGAUUAACCAUGGAGGUGAGUUUACUGAUUAUCCAGGAAGGGAGUAUGUCAACGGUAAGGUUAGUUACAUUGACUGGGUUGAGUUUGAAAAGUUAAGUGUUGAUGUUCUUCGUGAAAUGCUGAAAGAUAUAGGUUACUCUGUAGAUGAUGUGUUCAAUUAUUUUGUUAAAGAUCCUAAUCUGUGUUUGGAUUUUGGUCUUAGACACUUUACUGAUGAUGAUGAGUUAGAUUAUGUGUAUGACCAACUUAGAAAAGGAUGCAAGUUAGUAGAUUUGUAUGUUGAAAUAGGAGAAUCUAGAAUCAAGGAUUCAACUGCAAUGAGCUUGGCUUUACUAGAUAAUGUGGGUGAAGAUAAUGUGGUUGAGGGUGAGUCAGAAAGUAGCGAGGCAGUUUCUAAGGGUGAGUCAGAAAGUAGUGAUAAAGAGAACAGUGAUGAAGAAGAUCCAGAUUACACAUUUGAUCAGGAACCAGAUAAUCCAGUGUUUGAUUAUGAAGUAGAUAUGAGUCAGUUCAAGUCAUGUGUUGACUUUGAUCCUGAUGAAGUCAAUGAGACAAUUAAGGAUGCUAGAAAUGAGAAUACUGAAGAAGAACUUAGGCAGGAAGAUAUAACUUGUGAUCAUGAGGAUUUUAGUGAUAAAGAUGAUAACUGUACACUGCUGGACAAGGUUGCCAAGAAGGUAAAGAAGAAGAGAAAAAUUACAGGUAAUGUUAGUGACUUAUACCUCCCAUUUUCAAUUGGUCAAUUAAUACCAGAUAAAAAACAAUUGAAUGACAUGGUUAAGACAUAUGGUGUUAAGAGUAGAAGGCAGAUUUAUAUAUUAAAAAUGAUAAGUUGA